UCUCAGGUGUGAUAUUCAAUGCUUGUUCCAUCAAUUCACAACAUUUUUCUUUGAUAGUGUACCAAACAUGAUAUAAACCAUGUUGGGUGAUGAUUAGUUCAAGUUUAUAAUCUAUAUUUUUGUGUUCCAUUUUCAUCUGCUAAUAAGUUCUUGGAUUGAUGUUCUUAUGGAAAGGAUGAAGGAAUUGCUCAGGCUCUGAAAUCAAGGAGGCAACUUAUUCUUGAUAACAUACGCGACAAUGAAGAGGCUGGCACUGUAUAUCGGAAGGAUAUUGAAGCUAAUGAGAAGCAUCGUCGCCAUCUUCAAGACAUGAUUGAGGAAGCCAUCAGCAGCAAUGGCAACAAAACCUACUUGCAUAUUCUCAGCCAGUACAGGCUUCUGGGAAUGGCGAAUACCGAGCUGCAGUUUGAAAUAGCCAUGCGUGAUCAAGUUAUACACAACCAAAGGGAAGCACAAAGAAACCUCUGGAACAUGCUCUUGGGAUCAGGACUUGGGCAGAAGCAAAUGCUGGAUUUGGCUGGUAAACAAGGAAUAACAAUAGAAAAUUGGGCCAUCUCUGCUUCUGGAUCCCUAAACAAUAGGCCUUCCAUGCCAAUGCCCUGUGUUCUUCAGCAUCAUCAAGAUAUCAGCUCUUCUGCUUUUAUGCAUACUAUAUGCCAACAGGAGCACCACAGUUCUUAUUAUGUUUUGUCUGCUAAUCAUUCUACUCCAGCAUUUUCGGGUGUGAGAUGUUCCUUUAUACCUGGAAAGCUUGAUCCAAAUGCUUGCGUUUUCUGCUCGUCGAUCAGAACUCGGGCUUUUCUAUGCCGUGAAGAUGGUUUCUUGUCGCCUUUGUGUGGCGAAGGUCUCGGGCAGCAAUCCGAGUAAAGUACAUUCUUCAUGAAUGCUUCAUGCUAAUGGUCAACCAUAAAAUGAUCCCGCCAUUGUCAACGCACAAAUUUUAAACAAAGUUGUACCAUUCAGAGAAGAAAAUUAUUUACACAACAAUUCGAAGGAGGUAAUUUAUUGUCUUGCAUGAGACCUCAGUAUAUGAUCUUCAAGAAUUUCAAGCCAGCACUUUCAAGCUUGUACAGUUUCUUUGUUUUCUAUCUGCUCCUUCAAAUUUGCAUGCAUGCAUGCUUGCUAAGUUUCAUUGCCAUGUCAACUACUAGCACACCCCAUAUGAGAGAAGUGUCGCAAUCGUCCCCUUGCUCUUUUGCAGGCGGAUUAUUUACCUCAGAUUUUAUAGAAGUGUCAAUUUAAUCUCUAGACUC